UGUUUAAUUACGAAUUACUGAAUCAAUAAGCAUCGCAAUUGCAUCGCACGUGUAUUUACUGCAGACAUGGAGGAAGAAAGCUACGAUGAAUUGGACUCAGAUGAGGAGCUUCAAGCAGCAUUCAGUCGAGGCGAUAUUAAACCAGGUCUUAACAUUGAGGGCAAGGCAAAGAAGGUCUACAUAAAUAAUGAGCAAGGUUUAAAGGACCGACUUUCAGAUUUCAAGAAAGACUUACCGUGGCUGGAGAGGUUAGAUGUGACUUGUGGCCCUGCCAGGAUACCAGGGGAAACAGAUGCUAAAGAAGAAGAGCAAGGCAAAGAUGAAGUACAUGAUGACUUUAAGAGGGAAUUGAGAAUAUACCGUCAAGCCCAAGCAGCUGUUCUGGAUGCGUUACCUAGGUUACAAGCGCUGAACAUACCCACCAAGAGACCGGACGACUUCUUUGCUGAAAUGGCAAAGUCAGAUGAUCAUAUGAGAAAGAUAAGAGAGAAGCUGAUUGCCAAACAGUUGUCCAUGGAAAGAUCAGAGAAGGCUAAGAAACUCAGAGAACUCAGAAAGUUUGGCAAAAAGGUCCAACAAGAAGUUUUGGUGAAACGUCAGAAAGAAAAGAAGGAGUUGGCAGAAUCUGUCAGGAAAUUCAAGAAAGGUCAGACAAAGGACCUUGAUUUUCUGGAAGGGAAGUCCAAAGGAGGAGCAAACUCUAAACAAGACAAAUUAGCAGCUAAAGGGCCAAACAUGAAGAGGAAAGCAAAGAACACCAAAUUUGGAUACGGCGGGAAGAGGAAGGGAAGCAAGGUGAAUUCAAGACAGAGUUCCAGAGAAGAUGAUGAUCAUUUUAGUAUGAAGAGAAACAAAUCAGAUAUCGUCAAACACCAGAAACAAUUUGGAGGAAAGAUGCAGAGGAAAGGGAACAGCAAACAGAAGAGACUAGGAAAAGGAAAGAGACAGAAACUCAAAUCCAGAAAAAAAUGAUGGACUUCGUGAAACUCAAAUGUUUAUAAGGACAUUCAUUGCAAUCAAGCCAUGAUUUAUCUAACUGCACUAUAAACCAUAUAAUAAUAAUAAUAUAGGUAUAUUUACCUAGGGUCGCCACUUCAGUUUCGAAAACUGUUCUACCAGCGGGCCCUGCUAUUAUUAUUACCCCGGCUUUAGCUGAGCUGCCUAGGCACUCAAGCAUUCAAGGAAUUUCUUCGUACUGGGUACCCAUUCACCUCACCUGGGUUGAGUGCAGCACAAUGUGGAUGAGUUUCUUGCUGAAGGAAAUCAGUGUUAUUUCCAGGUAUGUUCAGCAUGCAGGAUCGUGUUAUGCUGUUUAAAACCAGGAGAUUGUGCACAAGAAGUAUGAUUGACCAUAUUCCUUAGGUGAUUUGCCACUUGGUAUGCACCCAUUUGGUCCACUUUCUAUUUUGUCUCAACUUACAUGUAGAUAAUUUACAAAAUAGACAUCCAUUAGAAAGCUCCCACGUCCACAAUGCCCUAAUUCACAAAGGUCGUUUCAAUUGUACCAUGGUACUAAUCCUUGGGCUAUGCAGAUUUUGUCUGCAUUGUUAAGAUUAUUUCAGUGUGUACACUCAUAAGAGUCCAAUCGUAAAUGUGCCUUUUUGGCACUAAAUCCAGAGUUGCCAACCCUUAGGGAAUAUUAAUGAGAUGUGUUCUAAUGAAAUUUCAGUGUUUACUUCCGAUUGAAUGACUGAGUGUAAAACUUUUAUGUUUUGUCUCAUAUGGAAACAUUUGGUUCAGCUGUUUGGUUAUUUAUAUUUUAAUUUCAUAUGUGAUUAAUAUUCCGUAAUGGUUGGCAAAUGGCACUAAAUUCCUGCUUGAAUGAAGUAUGAGUAGACCAUGGUUUUAUGAUGUGAUACUAUUGAAGCCACCCAUGUUCGGGGGGCCAAUGAUACCAGAUGUCAGUAAAAAAAAUGAAUUAAAAUCGAAUGUUAAAAGGUAAAAUACGCCCACAUUUAGUUGAUUUAAAGUCAAGUUUUACUUUUAUUUUUUUUCUUUGACUUGUGUUUCAUUAGAAACUCUCUAUUGGUCCAGUGUUGGCAAUUCUAGCUGGCACAGCAUUUUAGUCGUGUAAUUUUAAUGUACUUUCUCAUGUCUUUAACUUUUAAUAAUUGGUUUUCCAACAUUUUUGAAGAGAACAUUCUUUUACAGAGCCACCAUAUUUUUUUCAUUAUCACCUUUUAAAUGCAAGAUUUGAAACAUUUUGGACUUGUAAAUAAAUAAAGGUUAGAAAAUCAUAA